AGCCCGCGGACCGCCCCACGUCCCGCCGGCGCCGGGGCGGCCGCGUUCCCCGCCCUCCUCCACUCCACCCCUGGCUACCCGCUCCCGCCCGAGAGGAGGAGCUGAGGCGAGGGGGAGGAGGAGGCGGGAGAGGUUUGCGAGAGGGAGCGAGGCCGCGUUAGCCGCCGGCGGUUCGUAUUACCGGGGUCGGGAGGAGGAGCCGGGCCGGGCCUGCGGACGAACGCCGGGCGGGCGGGAGGCGCGGAGGCAGCGGAGGCUGCUCGGCCGCAAGGAGGCAGGCGGGAGGCCAGGGGUGCAGAAUUGGGGCGGGAGGCUCCCUUCACCCCCGCAGCCCUCCGCCCGGGUCCAGGUGGCCAGGCCUCACGUGCCCGCAGGCCUGGGGAAGGUGGAGACAGGGGCGGGGGUCCGCGCAGAGGCCUGCACGGCGCGGCCAGGUGAUGGUGGGCCUCUGUGUUUCUCCAGACGAAAGGGGACCCCCGGAGCGGCCGUGCCCCUGGGCUGCCCCCGCGAGGCGUUUUGACAUCAGCCAUAGGGAAGUCGGGGAGCCCUGAGCCUGCCUGUUUCCGUUAAGUGUCCUUAGGAUGCAGUGAUUAAGGAAUUAGGCUCUCCCUCCGGGAGGGGCACUGCCUGUGCUAGUGAACUCGGGGGCAGAGAAACAGGACAGGAUGAUGCUGUCCGAGCAAGCCCAAAAGUGGUUUCCAACCCACGUGCAGGUCACAGUGCUCCAAGCCAAAGAUCUGAAGCCAAAAGGCAAAAGUGGUACCAAUGACACAUACACUAUAAUUCAGCUGGGCAAGGAAAAGUACUCCACCUCUGUAGCUGAGAAAACCCUUGAGCCAGUUUGGAAGGAGGAGGCCUCUUUCGAGCUACCUGGAUUGCUAAUGCAGGGAAGUCCAGAGAAAUACAUUCUUUUCCUUAUAGUUAUGCACAGGUCCCUGGUGGGUCUGGAUAAAUUUUUAGGGCAGGUGGCAAUCAAUCUCAAUGACAUCUUUGAGGACAAACAAAGAAGGAAAACAGAGUGGUUUAGAUUAGAAUCCAAACAAGGAAAACGAAUCAAAAACAGGGGUGAGAUAAAGGUCAAUAUUCAGUUUAUGAGGAACAAUAUGACCGCAAGUAUGUUUGACUUAUCAAUGAAGGACAAAACCAGAUCUCCUUUUGCAAAGUUAAAAGAUAAGAUGAAGGGUAGAAAAAAUGAUGGAACAUUUUCUGAUACGUCUUCUGCAAUCAUUCCAAGUACUCACAUGCCCGACGCCAAUAGUGAAUUUUCAAGUGGUGAAAUACAGAUGAAAUCCAAACCAAAAAAGCCUUUUCUUUUGGGUCCUCAGCGACUCUCGUCAGCGCAUUCAAUGUCUGAUUUAUCUGGGUCCCAUAUGUCUUCUGAGAAACUGAAGGCUGGCACCACAGGUCAAACACAUCUUCUCGGACACCAGUUAGAUUCCUUUGGAACAGUUCCAGAAAGUGGAAGUCUCAAAUCUCCACACAGAAGAACAUUAAGCUUUGAUACUUCUAAAAUGAACCAACCUGACAGCAUUGUGGAUGAAGGUGAAUUGUGUUUCGGAAGACAAAAUGACCCAUUUACAAAUGUGACUGCUUCAUUACCCCAAAAAUUUGCAACACUGCCAAGGAAGAAAAAUCCAUUUGAAGAAAGCAGCGAAACAUGGGACAGCAGCAUGAAUUUAUUUUCAAAACCAAUUGAAAUAAGAAAAGAAAAUAAAAGAGAGAAAAGGGAGAAAGUUAGCCUGUUUGAAAGAGUGACUGGAAAAAAAGAUAGCAGAAGAUCUGAUAAACUUAACAAUGGGGGAUCUGAUAGCCCUUGUGACUUGAAAUCACCUAAUGCAUUUAGUGAAAAUCGCCAGGACUAUUUUGAUUAUGAGUCAACCAAUCCAUUUACAGCAAAAUUCAGGGCUUCAAAUAUAAUGCCAUCUUCAAGAAAUACUUUGCUGACCCCUGCAGUAGCUGAAUGGAGAGGAUCUUUGAGAUGGGCAGAGCUUUUUCAUAUGAGUCCAACAAGCAAUGAAGACCUCAGGAAAAUCCCGGACAGCAACCCCUUUGAUGCCACUGCAGGGUAUCGUAGUCUGACCUAUGAAGAGGUUCUACAGGAGCUGGUGAAACACAAAGAACUCCUUAGGAGGAAAGACACCCACAUCCGGGAACUCGAGGACUACAUCGACAACCUCCUUGUAAGGGUAAUGGAAGAAACGCCCAGUAUUCUCAGAGUGCCAUAUGAACCAUCCAGGAAAGCUGGCAAAUUCUCUAACAGUUAAUAAAGCCAAUUGUAUUGUAUUGAUAAUUGGACAAAGAGAGAGAAAGAAAGAAGGAAGGAAGGAAAAACUUGUUACUGAAAGAGACUACACUAUCAGGUUUCAUUACAUAUUCUCCUUUAUUGUGAAGAGUAGUUUUACCUGUAAAUAUUAGCAGGGACUAUCAAGAGUGACCUUUGAAGCAAGCUAAAUCAUUUAAAUGUUUAAAUUGAAAAUGGGCCAGAUUCUCAAUGAAUAAGUGGUUCCUUAGGACUCACUCAGGUGCUGGUACUGACCCACUAAUCUGCCAUAGGCCCAGAAAUAUCUUCAGAAGUACGUGAGUUGUUCCUCAGGAAUAGAUUUUUCAUAAAGCAGAAUUGAUGCUGUGGCUGGUUUCUCAGAAAUCAGUUUGUAGAAAUAUUUAGCUUCAGGAAUACUGCUCGUUAUAAACACUACUAAAAAAACAGUUUAUAUUUUAUAUACACAUAUGUACAUGAAUAUAUAUAUAUUCAUGUAUCUUGUAUAUAAAAUAUAGGCAUAUACCUCAUAUAUACAUGUGUUUUUAGAACAUUUAGAAACAAUUGAUUGCCUCUAAAGUUAGGCUACCAAUUUCUUGAUUUGAAAAUGUGUGUGCUCUAUUGAUGCAAGACAAGUCAUCAUUCCUACUGUCAUGGUUUGUUAUAGAGAAGCUGCUUCAAAUCACUCUUGACUACAUGGACCUUGGUUUCAAAGUGAGCUGCUAUAUAUUAUUCUAGCAUCAAAGUUUUUCUCUUUCCCCAAAAGUGAUGAUCUCAAGUCCUUUUUUAAAGAAUGACAAAUUUUAGGAGACUUCAUUAACUUCAUAACAGCAUGAAUUUAUUUGAAUUAAUUAUCUUAACAUUUGAGUUUGUUUAAGGUAUAAGCAGAAGAUAAGCUAAUAUAGCUUGUUUUGUUGAAAUUCUGCAUGCCUUUAAAUCACUAGCAAAGCAAAUACUAUAAAGUUAUAUCUGAAAAUAAUUGUGGGAAGUAUGUGAUUGCCUGGUGUGUCUGAUAACCCAAAGCAGCGGGCAGAUUCCAGGAAUGAAGAAUUAGGCUUGGUUUCAGGUUACAUAAAUAAUAGAGCAGAUGGUUGCCUUUGGGUCUUGAACCAAAAUAAGACUUACUAAAGGAAGAGUGAGUUUUUAGAAGAGACCUUUACUAGCGUGACAUUAUGCAUUACUCCACAUCCACCCUUUAAGAAUUGAUUUAUUACAAAAUUAUGUUCUAUUUUAAAGUCCACUCCCCCAAAAUAUUGAUUUCUUCCAUGGAUUAUUUUUAUAUGAUUUGUACAAAUUUUUUCUGAAAUUUAAAUUGACAAGCAAUGUUAUAAAAAUAUUGCUAAUCUUCUGCUUGUUUUUCAGCCUUAAAAGUCUGAAAUACUAUAAAACACUGAGAGUAUCUAUGUCUUUCUGAAUUUAAAAUGAAAAUUCAUGUCCAUAUGGAGACUUACAUAUUCCCCAAUCUUUCCAUGAAUUGCAGUUUUUUCUAAUACUUAUCUCUGUUAAGACUCCAUUGAAAGUUAAAUAAAAAGCCGAUAUAAUAGUUUGGGAUUUUUUUUUGCUUAUUUUAGUAUUUUGAAUCAGAGAAUACUUGGCCAAGCUCGUAUUUGUAAACUAAAACCCCUUGUUAUUUGUAUCUUCUGCAUUUCAGUUUUACUGUAAGAACAUACGUUUUGAAAUUAUGAACUUUUUUUCAUAAAAAUUAAAUGCUUUAAGAAAUGGAGAAGGAAAAAUAGCUUUUAUCAAUUUUUUUCUCCUCAAGAUUCUGUAAUAAACCUCAAAGUCUGGUAUAGAAUGGUAUUUUCCCGUUUGAGGUCUUGGUAGUUUUUUUUUUUCUAAACAUGGUGCCACUUUUAAUUAACUAAAUGUUACAAAAUUCUCAGCAUUUGUUUUUGUCUGGUAGUAUUAUUGAGUCUUUUCAUACACUUCUUAAAAUGUGAAAAUCUAUGUUUUCAGUAUUAUGACAGUAUCUGCAGAUACUAUAAUAAUAUGCUUUGGCCAAAUUUGCUGUUUAUAGAGUGAACCAAGAUGUCAGUUUUGUAUUGGGGAUAUGUUUUACAUAAAUAGAACUCAUUUAAAAGUAUGGUUCAAGUACUGCUCUUCUUUUUAUGGGGAAAUUGAUUUUUAAGGAGCGAUUCUUUUCCUAUAUAAAAGCUAUUGAGGCUUAGCUUUAUUCAUACAUGAGUGAUUUGGUUAUAACUCAAUCAAAAUUUUUAUCUUUAAAUCUGAGACAAGUAUUAUAUUUAAAACUAGAUCUAUUAAUACAUUCAUCACUGCCUGAAAAUUUGCUGUUCUAAUGUUUGUGAAUUUUCACUCAUUACCUAGAGUAAACUUACUGCAUAUUUUCAUAAUCAGUCAAAAUAAUAAAACUAAAAACAAAAAGAAAAAAUUAGUUCCCAAGUAAAUAUAUCAGUGUUUCCUGUGUUUGGGCAGAAGUGCAAAGUAGUUUUAAUUUCUCACGUUGUAGAAAAAGAGGCCAAAAAGGUCACCUUAGUUUAUUUUUCCAAAGCAUAACUUUAGGUAUUCUAAUGUAUUUUGUUAGUUGCUUAGAAAUGGAAAUAAAAUAUAUGUGCUUAUUAAAUAAUGCACAAUACACUAGAUUAUAGAGUUUAUUUUUGCUUUUAUGCUUUAAAGAAUGCAUGCCCAAAACACUACUACCAACAAGAGGAUUUUUUAAAAUCACAGAAUUGAUAUUUAUCUCAAGACUAUCUUAAGCUAAUGUACUUCUGUUACAUAAUUAAACUAUUUCUGCUAUUAUUUUUAAAGCGGUAUUAUUUUAUAACCAAUUCUAAAAUUCAGCUUUAAAACUAUUGAACAUACCUUCCUACCACUUACGCUUCAAGUUUCAUUUAUUGAAUACCAGGGUCAUAUCUUAGAAUUGUAUAUAAAACAACAUGUAACCCAUUCAUGAAAAACGUUUAAGUAUUGCUUUUUGCUGCUAUGUUCUGCAUUGAGCCUAGUUUUGCCAUUGUCCCCUGAAUGUAGUAUUAUCCAUAGAUUAUACAUAACUACGUCUGUUGCUUUUGGCGGUAAAUCAAGAUUUAGUUGUAAUUUUCCAGCAGUGAAAAUGUUGCCUUGUAUUUAAAAGGGUUUCAUGAAUGGAAACCUAAGUAAAACUAAGCUCAUUAGUGACAGACUUGUUUUCUUCAUGUUAUUCCUCCAGCAACUCCCUCACCACCACGCCUCCCUGCCUACCAUCCCCGGAAGGGUGCUUAUUCUUUAACAAAGAGAAUCUAAAAAAAAAAACAAAAAACUGUUGUCUAAUAUAUCUACAGUAAAUGUUACACUAGAGCUUUUAUUUUCCUCUGUAGCUUUUCAGAAGAAGCAAUUUACCUUGGAUUUGUAAAUCAAGCUGAAACUUUUUUGAUGUUCAUGUACUCAUGUGUCUUGUAGGUGGUAGGUGUCACUUGUGUGUAUGUGUAAGUGAAGUAUGAUGCAUGCUCAUUCACUUGGUCCCUUUGAAGUAAGGGAAAGGAUCACAGUGCUGCUGGGCCAUGAUGGUAUGUAGAAGGGUCUGUCAGCACACAUGGAAAGCCCCCAUUUGCACAGAUGUAGAACUUUAAUAAUCCAGAUGCAAUCAUUGGAAGUAUUUAAUAUGCAAUUGGUAGCACCUUAGCUAAUUAAUCUGCAUAUGAAGCAUUUUCUGAUAUAUUUAAUAAGAGGUAUAGAAGCUCUUCAAGCAUUAAAAUAGAGUUGAUGUUUCAUUCCAUUUAUUUUAUCCAUCAAAAAAUGCACUCUCACAGUGGAGUUGAAGUCUAAUACAUGAUACAUGUGGGCCUGUUAAUCUUCGAAGCUUCCAGAUGGUUUGUGUUUUGAGGUACAAAAAAAUGCUGCAGAUCUAGAAAUGCAUAUAUUUAGCGGGUAUUUGAAAGAUAGAAACAUUAUUUAUAACUGAAGAGUAUAACACUUAUCUUCUUAAGUAAAUGCUCUCAUAACUUGUAUACAUUUUUGCAGGUACAAAUUCAAAAGUAUGUAAGCAUUGUAUAAUGUGACAAUUGUAUAAUUUAUGUAAUCUGAUGCAUGAAUCAGAAUUUUUAUAUAAUAUAUGAUUAUUGACUUAUAGUUGAUUAAAGUGUUUAAACUUAA